AUGGCGUCCGUCAGCCGGUGCGCGCGCCAGGUGCAGCGGCUGGUCGGCGCGGCGUACCGUCGGCUGGCCAGCACGGUAACCGCACCCGGGCCCGGCCGCGACCCGUGCGUGCCGCCCGUCAACCGGCCCGACCUGCCCAGUCUGGCUCGGACCGGCCGGCACGCCUACAGCGCGCUGCCCGCAGGAGCACCCCAGCGGAUCUGGCGCGCGGAGCGGGUGGUCGACAACCGCGACAGCGGCAACGUCGUCCUGACCUGGGACUGCGGCGAGGUCGCCCAGUUUCCUUACGUGUGGCUGCGGGACAGCUGUCUUUGCCUCGAUUGCUACCACCCCAGCGCGCUCAGUCGCAAGCUGCGCAUCGACCAGCUGGACGUCAACAUCGCUCCGCUCUCUGUGCAGAACGAUCUAGAAGCUCAGGAGGUGGUCGUCACCUGGCCGGACGGCCACGUCUCCCGCUUUCCGCACGACUGGUUGGGCCAGCGCCAGUUCACGCCGCAGCAGCUGGAGGAGCGCAAGAAGCAGGCCACACCCAUGACGGUGCUGUGGAACCGAGCCACCAUGGAGUCCAGCCUGCUCAAGGUCGACUACCAGGACCUGCUCGGAGACCUGGGGGUGUUGCGGGAGGCGCUCCAUCGGCUCAUCUCCCACGGCCUGGUGGUGGUGCGCAACAGCCCGACCCGGUUCGGCGUGGUAGAGAAGAUUGCCUCACACGUCGGCCUCAUCAAGGUGACGCACUACGGGACAACGUUCAAAGUCACAAACAAGGUGGACGCCAACAACCUGGCCUACACCAACGAGACUCUGGCGCCGCACACGGACCAGCCCUACUACGAACACACCCCCGGGGUGCAGAUGUUGCACUGCAUUUCGCAGCACCAGGGCAGCGGCGGUGAGAACACGCUGACCGAUAGCUUCUACGUGGCCCAGCUGAUACGUCAGCAGCGGCCCGACCUCUUCAAGCUACUCUCCGUGAUGCCCUUCGAAUUCUUCGACGUCGGCGUCGAGAGCGAGCAGUACCACGACAGCCCUUUCCACAAGGUCCAGGAGCACACGAUGUUCAGGACGGACAGGGAAGGCAAAGUGACACAAGUGUGCUUCAACAACCCAAGCCGCUCCUACCGCCUGAACGUGCCGCUCGAGUCGGUGAAGCCCAUGUUCGAGGGACUGAAAAUGUUUCAAGACCUGUCCAUGCAAGAAGAGAAUCAUGUGCUCUACAAAAUGGUGAACGGCGACGUGCUGGUCUUCAACAACCGACGCGUGCUGCACGGCCGGCGGGGCUACACGGUCACCGCCGACAGCACGCGCACGCUCGAGGGCGGCUACAUCGACUGGGACGAGCUGUUGGGCGCUGACUAA